AUGCCUCAGCGGCGAGGACGGGCCCCUAUGAGUCCGUUUGCCCGGGGAUACACCCCGGAAAUGAGAGAAGCUGUGGACCGAAUGCCAAUUCCAAGCGAAAUCAAAUGUUGCGUCUGCAAGCGGCGUCGCCCGAAGUCCCAGUACUCGAACAAUCAACUGAGCUACCUCCGCCAGGCAAUGUUCCAGCUUGGCUACAAUAACAUUCGUGACCAGCAAGUUGCUAAGUGUGGCCCAUGCACGAAUGCUCAGGUUUGUGAAGAGCUGUGUCAUCGUUGCGGUCACUAUCGUGCCAUCGACCAGUUUGCCAGAAACCAACGGAAUCGCGAGAAUCCGAUUUGCCAGCCUUGCAUGAACUACCAGAUGUCCCUCGAUCCUGCCGAUCGACCUCUUGCAAUCAAGGACAAAGCUGUUGUUGAGGAUAAGGGAGAGGGAGAGGAUGAGGAAGAGGAGCUCAACUCUGAGUCUGCGGGUCGGUCUGGAUCUGUGGCUCCCUCUGGGUCUGUGGGACACCCCGAGUCCGCCGAUCUCUUGAGCUCUACAAGUCAGCCGGAGAGCUUGGAGCAGGGUGUCGAGACAGCUCUUGUUCUGCACGAUGAUUCCACGGAUAGUGAUUGCAGUGGAAACAAGGGCGGCUUUGUAAAGGUCAAGGCGCACAAGCCUCAUCGGGAGCCUGUUCCUGACCCCGAGCCCGCCCCAGGCUGGGCACCCGGUACUCGCAAGGUCAAUGAUGGCACUCCUGGAAGGGAGGAAGGUUUCUUUAAUUGUUUCCAACAUCGUGCCAGUGCAUUUUCUACAACAGCCCCCGGUUUAUGA